AUGGUCAUGUUCGAAACUGAUUCUAUGGCAUUAGAAGAGUUCUUAUUGAGAUAUUGCGAGAAUUUUCACCACUUUAGUUUGAUUGUAUUCUGGUGCUUGCAAGCUUUUUUAUUUGACCUUCGAAACGAACCGGCGUCAUAUGCAUUUCAAACAGUUCGUAAUUUCAUUAAUAAAUUGCAAAGUAUUCUUUUCAACGUGGACAAUUCAGUUUCAAAAGGGACCGAGUUUAGGGAGAAUUUAGAUCCGGCAUUGGUACUUAGCGGAGCAUUCUUAUCGUCAUUCGCUCUACCACUAGUUCAUGAUUAUGUCACGCCAAUUAUAAAGUCGCAAGCGAAGCAGCCAAGAUCUUUUGUAUUCAAUGUGGCCAACUUUCAAAAGAAUUUGACUAAGAAUCUUACGUUAAAAAACCAAAAUCUAAACAAACAUUCGAAUGGCAGCAGUGAUAGUGAGAAUACAAGCACUGAAAAUGAACGUGCCAUGGCUAAUGCUUCUAAAGUUGGAAGAAGGGCCGUGCUGUCUUUUUUACCGGAUGAUUCGGAAAUCAAUACCACCGAUGACGAAGAUGCAGCUUUGUCAUUUAAAAAAGAAUAUUCAAAAGAAGUCGCCUUUUCCAAUGUUGGACAAGGAAUGAAAGUUAAUACAAGUAUCAAAGGUAAAAAAAGUCAUCUGAAAAACCUCGGCUCAUUGAGGGACAAUAUGAAUAGGAGUGCUCAGUCAUUGCCAGAUCUCACAAAGUCACCCUCAAGACCUGAAAUAUUGGCGUCCGAUUCAGAAAUGUUACUUUAUACUAGCAGAUACUCCAUCGAUACUGGUGCAAAAAGGGCUAGUUCGCAGGGCAUGUCUUCGAAAGCAAAGCUGUAUCAAGAACUUCUUAAAAUAUUGAGAGUCAAUUAUUCCAAGAACGAAACGGAGUUUAUUAUGUCUCUUCAGGACAUAUCCAUGAGGUUGUCGCUGGUACCAAAACCGGCAAGAUUAUCCGCCCUCAGGGCUGAGCUUGCAAUUAUAAAUGAGUCACUUUUACCAUCGGAAAUUGAUAUCCCGCAAUUGUUACCAAUCACUAGCAACAAAAACAAAAAAUUUCAUAAAAUUCUCAAGUUAAGCAUUAACGAAGCUUGUGUACUAAAUUCGGCAGAAAGAGUACCAUACUUACUUCUUAUUGAAUACUUGAGCGAUGAGUUGGACUUCAAUCCAUUCACUGAAUAUAACCAGAAAUUGAUUAACAGAAAACUACAGGAGUCGGAGCCUAAGCGUAGUUACGAACUCAGCAAUACAGAUAUUGAGUCUGUCUCUUCUGAUGUUGGAAGCAUUACUGCUCAAGAAGUAUUGGAAGGCAUUGGAACCAUAGAAACAGAUUUGGGAGAGCUUUCCAUUUUGGGAUCUCGUAGAGAAAGUCGCGAGUGGGCUGCUUCCAAAUUGAACACCAAGUCACCACGCUUAUCACAGGAUGGGACCAAGAGUCCCAUACUUGGAGCCCAAGGAACCGCAAAUGCUGCAGAUUCACUGGUCCGUGCAGAUCAAAUGCGGAUUGCGUCAUUAAUGCUACAACAAUUGGAGAGUUCAGGGCAAGCAAAUACACAGCAAUUCAUUGCAAUCAAGACUCGAAUUAUUGAUUCAAUGAUUUCAUUGCAAGACCAAUUUGAGAGUAUUGAUUAUGAGACCAUGAAAGAGUUCAAAACAGACGAGCAAGAUGCCGGCCAACGCAAGCUAGAGAACGAUUUCAAGAUCAGUGAGGAUUGGAACGAAAAAAAACAAAGAAUUCGAAAAGCCAGUGCUUAUGGCCAUUUGAAAAAUUGGGAUUUGUGUUCGGUAAUUGUGAAGAAUGGCGAUGAUUUGCCGCAAGAGGCCUUUGCAUGUCAACUAAUCACUAUGAUUUCCAAUAUUUGGAAACAAUACAAGGUACCGUUCUGGACAAAGAGAAUGAAAAUACUAAUCACAAGCGCAAACGCAGGAUUAGUUGAGACUAUCACCAAUGCAAUGUCAGUACAUUCGAUCAAAAAAUCACUCACAGAGCUCUCUAUCGCUAGUGGCUCAAACUCGAAAGGGAGAAUUUUCACUUUGAAAGAUUACUUUGAGAAGCUUUAUGGGGACGAGUCUAGUCGCAAAUACAAACAAGCGCAAGAAAACUUUGCAAGAAGUUUAGCAUCGUACUCAAUCAUAUGUUACGUCCUUCAAAUCAAGGACCGACAUAACGGAAAUAUUAUGCUUGAUCAUGAAGGUCAUAUAAUUCAUAUUGAUUUUGGAUUUUUGUUGGGCAACUCUCCAGGCUCCAACAUUGGAUUUGAAGCUGCUCCAUUCAAACUAACCACAGAGUAUGUUGAUUUGCUAGGUGGCACUGAAUCGGAAUAUUACCAGCUAUUCGUUGAAGUAUGUAAAGAGUGCUUCAAAAUUUUGAGAAAAGAGUCGGAUCAAAUUGUGAGCAUGGUCCAGUUGAUGCAAAAGGAUUCAAAACUUCCAUGCUUCAAUAACGGGGAAAACACUAGUGUCAUGUUAGCGCAAAGGCUUCAAUUGCUGUUGUCAGAUGACUCGAUUGAUCUGUAUGUCGAGACUUCAUUAAUAGGUAAGAGCUUGAACAGCAUGUAUACGAGGUUGUACGACCAGUUUCAGAUGAUCACACAAGGUAUAUACAACUAG